CACAAUAUACAUUAUAGAUACACUAUUGGAACAGUGCUUGGCAUAUCUUAUUUAAUCUUACAUUUUGCAUAUGAACAAACCAAGACUUAAAAAUAAUAAAUUAUUUAGGGAGGUUAAGUAACUUGCUGAAUUAACACAAGGUGCUUUGCACAUAGAAGGCACACAAUAAGUAUUUGUUGAAUGAAUGCGUUUGUUUCCAAUCUUUCACUGGUACAAUGUUGUAAUAAAUAUCUUCGAACAUACAUCCUCCCAGGCUUUGCCAAUGUUUCUAGAGGAUACAGUCCUUCCUGGAAGUGGAACCGUCGAGUCCAAAAAGUCCGUCAUAUUUAAAAAACUGCUAGUGCAACUUGCAUCCAGUACUCAAUACAUGCGUCCUCUGCCAAUUUUCUUCUGACGAUGUCUUUCGAGAGCGGUACUCCUUGUUGUGCUUGCUGGGAAUUGUGGUCUGAGAAUAGUCCUCAGGAAGCCGGCGGGAACGAGCACGUCACGCCGGCGGGAACGAGCACGUCACGCCGGCGGCCUUUAGGACCUGGAGUGGCACGGCGAACCGGGGUCGGGGGAGGUUGGGAGCGCGCCCAUGAGCCGGAAGCAGCGGCAGUAUCGGUGGCGUCGGGAGCGAGCGGACCCGGGAGCGGCGCGGGUGGAGGAGGGCGUGCCCGGGGCUCGAGUUCAGGAUGUUUUAACAGUCUCUUCUGUGUCCUCCGGCAUAAAUGACAACAUGGGCACUGACUCGAAUGAAUUGACAUCUGUAAUCUCCCAUGGAGCCACCACCAAUAACAGCACUGAUCAGAAUAAAUUGACAUCAUUAAUCUGGGAUGAUGCCAGCAGUAAAAGCAUCCGGAAUGGAUCAACAUCAGUGAUCAGUGAUGAAGCUACUACUGAAAUCAAUAUCCAGAACGAAUCGACGUCAGUAAUCUCUGAUGAAGCCACCACUGAAAUGAGUGUCCAGAAUGCACCGACGCCAGUCAUCUCUGAUGAAGACACUACUGAAAUGAUUGUUCAAAAGGAAUUGACAUCAGUUGUCUAUGAUAGAGACAUCCCUGAAAGUAAAAUAGAACAGCUUUUCAAGCUGUAUGAUAUUGAUGAAGAUCUUGACCUUCUCACUCCAUAUAGUAGCAAGACUAAGAGAAUUGUGAAUUCACUUGUGUCAUCCUUUUCAUUCAGAGUAUUUGGAGUCUUGCUGGUUUUUGUGGAUGUGUCUCUGGUCCUUAUGGGCCUAAUUUUCACUGACAGCUCACAGAUGGUUUCUCUGAAAUAUGGUUCAAUUUCUUUAGCAAUUGCUGUAUUUUUCCUCAUGGACGUUUUUCUUCGAGUAUAUGUAGAAGGGAAACGACAGUAUUUUUCUGAUACGCUUAACUCCUUAGAUGCUGUUGUUAUUGGGGUGACCCUGCUGGUUAAUAUCAUUUAUACUUUCCAUGGCUUUCAGGAAUUUAAUAAUAUCCCCAGAUUGGCAGUUUUAUUUCGAUCUCUACGACUGAUCAUUCUGAUAAGAAUUUUCCAUCUGGCUUAUCAAAAAAGGCAUUUGGAAAGACUGACCAGAAGGAUGGUUUCUGGAAACAAAAGGCGAUACAAGAGGGAUGGAUUUGACCUAGAUCUCACUUAUGUUACUGACCGAAUUAUUGCGAUGUCAUUUCCAUCUUCUGGAAAACAAUCUUUUUAUAGGAAUCCCAUUAAGGAAGUUGUACGCUUCCUGGAUACCAAACAUCAAGACCAUUAUAUGAUCUACAAUCUCUGCAGUGAAAGAGGUUAUGAUCCUCGGUACUUCCAUCAUAGGGUACGUAGAAUCAUGAUUGAUGAUCACAAUGUACCCUCUCUGAGUGAGAUGGUGGAGUUCACAAAGGAAGUAGAUGAGUGGAUGGCUGAAGAUGACCAAAAUAUCGUAGUGAUUCACUGUAAGGGGGGAAAAGGGAGAACUGGAACCAUGGUUUGUGCCUGCCUCAUUGCUAGUGAAGUAUUUACAACCGCAGAGGAAAGCCUUUAUUAUUUUGGAGAACGCCGAACAGAUAAAACCACUAGCUCUAAAUUUCAGGGAGUAGAAACACCUUCCCAGAAUAGGUAUGUUGGAUAUUUUGCCGAAGUGAAAAAUGUCUACCACUGGGCUCUUCCUCCAAGCAAAAUCCUCUUUGUAAAAUGCAUUGUUAUUCAUUCAAUUCAUGGUAACGGAAACGAUCUGAAAGUACAAGUAAUAAUGCGGAAAGAAAUUGUGUUUUUCUGUUCUUUUUCUAAAAACUGCAGGAUAUAUCACGACGCUGAAACAGACAAAGUGAUAAUUCAGCUCAUCAACUGUCCAAGUCUCUGUGAUGAUGUGAAAGUGAAGUUUUUUUCUUCUUCAGAUCUUCCUAGAUACUAUGACAACUGCCCGUUUUUCUUCUGGUUCAAUACAUCUUUUAUAAAAAACUACAGGCUUUAUCUUCCAAGAAAUGAAUUGGAUAAUCCCCAUAAGUCAAAAACCUGGAAAAUUUACCGACCGGAGUUUGCGGUAGAAGUCUAUUUUGAAUGAGAUAUAUACCCUACAGUUAUAAUGUAGCUGGUACCUCAUUUUAACUACAGAUAGCAUUUUAGCAUAUAAUCAUGUUUUUCCCUACCCUGUGAGUGUUUAUAUCUUUUAAGUAUAUAGGUAGAAUUCUAUUAAAUACAUACAUUUGCUGAUCUUUUUUUUUAUUUUUCAAAAGAAUACUCAAAGUUUUCAAUUUGCUAUUUAGAUAAAAUUGGGACACAGGAACAUUAGGUAUCAUUUUGAAGAACUCUGAAAUAGAAUGUUCAUAUUCAAAUAACUGUGGUAUUUAAAAAUUGUGAUCCCCCCCCCAAUACUGGGGAUUUAUUUAUAUGUGUUUGGA